AUGUCCGUGGCACCAUCUCGAUCUCUUCAGGCUUCUGCCCUGUCAUUCCUGUUCCUGUCCAUCGGGCACACGAUUGGUGGAAAGCAAUGGACUGCUGAGAAAGCUUUUAAGGCCAUUGCCAACUCUAAGCCAUGGGCCUGCGGAACUGUGGGCUGGUAUCAGGGGAGUGCAUUUUUCUUGGUUUCUAGCCUUCUGCAUUACCAGUGGUCCCGCGACCCAACCGCGCUCAGCGACCCUGUGAACAAAGCUAUGGCUGGUAUUAUCAAUAUUCUGCUCUAUGCCAGUUCGGCCUGGUACGCCAAGAAUGGUAUCAAGGAUAAUGCCGUUGUAGUGGGCUUGUCCGCUGCAUUGCAGACAUACGCUGUGUUCAUACUGUAA